GGCCGGGCCGAGCCCGGAGAUGCCGCCCGGCAAAGUGCUGCAGCCCGUGCUGAAGAUGAAGGUGGACGAGCUGUUCCUGUGCUGGCUCAGCGAGGCCAGCACGCAGGCGAUGCUGCGGGACUGUCUGCACAGGGUGCGGGCGCCGGGCCGCGCCGACGCGGGCGCUGGGGACGCGGCGCCCCCGGCCCCCGCCUGCAAGCCCGGCGUGCCCGACGGCCUGGGGGCGCCCGGCCCGGGCCCCGCGUCCACCGCGCUGCCGCUGGGAGCCGCCUCCAGCCCCCGGAAUGGGCCGCACGUCCGAGGGACUCGUCGAUCCGCAGGGACGCGAGUAGUGCAGACCAAGAAGGAGGAGCCCCGGCCGCCAGCCAGCAGCCAAAGCAUUCCAGCCUUCUACUUCCCGCGAGGCCGGCCCCAGGACUCGGUGAACAUAGACGCCGUCAUCGCCAAGAUCGAGAGGGCUUUCGCCCAGUUCCCGCACGAGAGGGCCACCAUGGAGGACAUGGGCACAGUCGCCAAGGCCUGCGGCUGCCCGCUGUACUGGAAGGGGCCGCUCUUCUGCAGCGCCGGGGGAGAGCGCACGGGCUCCGUCUCCGUGCACAAGUUCGUGGCCAUGUGGAGAAAGAUCCUGCAGACCUGCCACGACGAAGCCACCAAGUUUGUGCACCUGCUCAUGAGCCCCGGAUGCAACUACCUGGUGCAGGAGGACUUCGUGCCCUUCCUGCAGGACGUGGUGAACACCCACCCCGGCCUGGCCUUCCUGAAGGAGGCGUCCGAGUUCCAUUCUCGCUACAUCACCACCGUCAUCCAGAGGAUCUUCUACUCGGUGAACAGGUCCUGGUCCGGGCGGAUCACGUGCGCAGAGCUGCGGAGGAGCACCUUCCUGCAGAACGUGGCGCUGCUGGAGGAGGAGGCGGACAUCAACCAGCUGACAGAGUACUUCUCCUACGAGCACUUCUACGUCAUCUACUGCAAGUUCUGGGAGCUGGACACAGACCACGACCUCCUCAUCGACCAGCAGGACCUGGCCCGGCACAACGACCACGCGAUCUCCACCAAGAUGAUCGAGAGGAUCUUCUCAGGAGCCGUGACCCGAGGGAGAAAAGCGCAGCAGGGAGGAAAGAUAAGCUACGCUGACUUCGUGUGGUUUCUGAUCUCCGAGGAAGACAAGACCACCCCGACCAGCAUCGAGUACUGGUUCCGCUGCAUGGACCUGGACGGGGACGGGGCGCUGUCCAUGUUUGAGCUGGAGUACUUCUACGAGGAGCAGUGCCGCCGGCUGGACUGCAUGGCCAUCGAGGCCCUGCCCUUCGAGGACUGUCUGUGCCAGAUGCUGGACCUGGUCAAGCCCCAGAGCGAAGGGAAGAUCACGCUUCGCGACCUCAAGAGGUGCAGGCUGGCCGGCGUCUUCUUCGACACCUUCUUCAACAUCGAGAAGUACCUGGACCACGAGCAGAAGGAGCAGGCGUCCCUGCUCAGGGAGACGGAGACCGAAGGCCCCGAGCUGUCGGACUGGGAGAAGUACGCGGCGGAGGAGUACGACAUCCUGGUGGCCGAGGAGGCUGCGGGCGAGCCCUGGGAUGACGGGUACGAGGCGGAGCUCAGCCCUGUGGACCAGAAGCUGGGUGCCCUGCGGACGCCCCUGGCCCAGAGGCCCUUCUUCGACACGCCGUCUGCCCUGGGCGCCGUCCACCUGUACGACUACGACUGCAGUGAGGGCGAGCUGCAGCCCUCCUGACCGCACCCGGGGCUGUCCCUGCGGCCCGAGGCGGCCGUUCUGCGCAAAACCAAACCACAUGCGAUGUUUGGAUGGCUGGGCUUUUACGGAACAGGACCUGCGCCUGCCUGGAUCACAGUCCUGUUCCUUCUCCGGGAAGCUGGUGGGAGGCCCCGGGGAGGUGGGCGGGGCUCCUGCGCACCCCCCACCCUCAGCCCUUCCGCUUCCCAGGGGAGGUGUGUGGACACACCGGGAGGGAGCCGGUUUCUGCCCCGGAAGGUCUGCGGGUCCUGGACCUGCGCUGCCUGCGUGUCCAGGCUGCCUGGGCGCCCCCGGGGCUGCACCUCCUGGCCUCACGCGCCGGGCAGGGCCGGGGCUGCCCCUGCAGGUGCCUGUGGGACCGCCGCCUCCUAGAUGUAAAAAAUGUGUAAAGUUAACUUUUAUUUGCUGUGUAGAGCGGUUGUAAAACGUUUUAAGAAAUCACAUUUGUAUUUUCAAAUAAAUAACUUGAGGGUUUUCAGCCUCUGCUCUCCCAGCCAGUAGCCCCCAGAGCAGGCUCGCGGCCCCCAGCACAGGUCCCGGCACCAGACGGUGCUUUCUGACGUCUCUGGGUCUGGGAGUGUGCGGACCGGCGCUCCUGACACGCUGGGUGUUCGGUCACAAGGCCUGGGACUGGGGACCCAGGGACAGGAUGGCCCGGUGACAGCCCUGUGCCCGGUGGGGCUUUGGCUGUCGGGGUCCUUCAUCCUCGAGUCC